UUGUUUGUUUAAUCGACGAAAAACAAGUAUCGAGAAAGACAAAUCGACCUCUCGCCGUUACAAAAAAUUUCAAUACGCUAUCGAUCUGAAUACAGAAUCGACUUCGAGGGAUCGUAGACAUACGAUUAUACGAUAGAUGUGGUAUAUAGUUUUUAAUACUGGGCUAAUUUGGAAAUGCAUGAAGUGUCUGUAAACUCCGGUUUCAAACGUUAGUGCGUGGUGUUUGUGCUGUAAUUGUUGUUAUACUUUCUUUUAUCAAGCGGCGUGACUGAGAAAUUGAAUGUAGCAUGCCGCAGUUUCAUAAAAUCGAAAUAAAUAGGACCGAAUGGGAGGUUCCGGAACGAUACCAAAUGCUCACGCCAGUGGGAUCAGGAGCUUAUGGUCAGGUCUGUUCGGCAGUUGACACAAAAACUGGACAGAAAGUAGCAAUAAAAAAGUUAGCCAGACCAUUCCAAUCAGCUGUGCAUGCAAAACGCACAUACAGGGAACUCCGUAUGUUGAAGCAUAUGAAUCAUGAAAAUGUAAUUGGUUUAUUGGAUGUAUUCCAUCCUUCUUCUUCUUUAGAAGAUUUUCAGCAGGUAUAUUUAGUCACGCAUCUGAUGGGUGCAGAUCUCAAUAAUAUUGUAAGAACUCAGAAACUUUCGGAUGAUCAUGUACAGUUUCUUGUAUAUCAAAUCCUUCGUGGUCUCAAAUAUAUUCAUUCUGCGAGUAUAAUACACAGGGAUUUGAAACCUUCUAAUAUAGCUGUGAAUGAAGAUUGUGAGCUGAAAAUUUUAGAUUUUGGAUUAGCCAGACCUACAGAAAAUGAAAUGACUGGUUAUGUUGCUACAAGGUGGUAUAGAGCUCCAGAAAUUAUGCUUAAUUGGAUGCAUUAUAAUCAAACAGUUGAUAUAUGGUCUGUUGGAUGUAUAAUGGCCGAGCUAUUAACGGGGAGAACGUUAUUUCCGGGAACAGAUCACAUUGAUCAUCUAACACGAGUUUUAGUACUCUGUGGUACACCCACAGAGGAAACUUUAAGCAAAAUUACCAGCCAAGAGGCGAGAAACUAUAUACAAAGUUUACCUCCGCUAAAAAAAAAGAACUUCAAAGAAGUAUUUCGCGGGGCAAAUCCUUUAGCUAUAGAUUUACUUGAAUUAAUGUUAGAACUAGAUGCAGAGAAACGAAUUACAGCAGAACAAGCUUUAGCUCACCCAUAUCUUGCACAGUAUGCUGAUCCAACUGAUGAACCAGUAUCUUUACCAUAUGAUCAAAGUUUUGAAGAUAUGGAUUUACCUGUUGAAAAAUGGAAAGAACUUGUUUAUCAUGAAGUUAUAAAUUUUGUACCUCAACAAUUACCUGCAAUGGCUUCGACGAUUGAGUCUUCUUCGUAAGGUUACGUCGAUAGCACAAAUAAUAUAGUAAGAUAAGUAAGAUAAUACAGUAAGAUAAUCUUAACAAUGAAUAAUUAUGAAAAGAUACAUGUAUAAUUGUUAUAUACGAAGGAUAUCAUAUUGUAUAUAAUAUGGUGUUACAUAAGUAACAGAGUUAAUCAUACAAACUUAUUUGCAUUAGAGGCAAAAUGUAUAUUUUUGUUAAUGACGCAUGAUACAAGGAAAUGCUAAUAUUUUUCACACUGAGCAUAAGUUGUUUUAGAAUAUAAAGCUAUCAAACAUGUGACAAAUUAUUUAUAUUCAUGGUUUUAUAUGGACAUUUUUGUUACAUAUUCACGUGUUUGAAUACUUUGAAGCUACGAAUGCAUGCGCAAUUUAAUAACCGAAAAUCUAUUAAGGAUUUAAAGCAACUUUUUUUUGUAAAAAGCCGAAUUACUUAAUAUAAAAGACAACUCUUUAUCAAUAAAAAUAAAUUAUUAGGAAAAUGCUAGCUUCAAGGGUUAGAUUUUGUUGUAUACACCGCUGGUUCUAGUCUAUAACAUAGAACAUAUUACAUCGAAUUUAUGGUUAAAAAUAAUUCUUAUUUCACACGCAGAUGUAAUUUAAAAUAAUUUAAUCUCUAAGAUACUGUUAUAAUGAUGCUUUUAACAAGAAACAUGGCUGAAUAAAUUUUUUGAUCUUUGUA